AUGACAUGCAAUCCAAAAUGGCCCGAAAUAACUGAUAACCUUCAAUAUGGCCAAAGAGCAGAAUUUAGACCCGAUUUAGUAACCAGGGUCUUUAACCUAAAGCUAAAAGAAUUGUUGGAUGAUAUUUCCAAAAAACAUAUACUUGGCAUUUUAACAGCAAAAGUUCAUGUAAUUGAAUUUCAAAAGAGGGGACUUCCGCAUGCCCACAUUCUUUUAAUGGUUAAAAAUGACGGUUCUGUGGAUGCCGACAAACUUAAUCAGCUUAUAUCCGCUGAAAUACCAGAUAUUAAUGAAUAUCCUCGGUUACAUGCAGUUGUAACAAAGCAUAUGGUUCACGGCCCAUGUGGUUCGGCAAAUCUAAACUCACCAUGUACGGGACCUGAUGGAAAAUGUACAAAAGAAUUUCCAAAGCCAUUCCAAAAUGAAACUUUGGUAAACUGCGAUGGUUAUCCAAAAUAUCAAAGCUGUGCAUCUGUAAAAAGUGUCAAGUACCUUUUCAAAUACGUGUAUAAAGGACAUGACUGUGCAAAUAUUGCUAUCUUUGAACAAGACGUCCUUAAUCAUGAUGAAAUUAAAACUUUCAUGGACUCAAGACUGCCAGUACAUCUUCCGAGUGAACAAACUGUGUACUUCAAUGCAGAUAAUGUGGAAGCUGCGGCCGCAAGAGCCGGAUCAAAAGAAACUAUGCUGACGGCUUGGUUUAAAUUAAACGAUACAGAUGAAGAUGCAAGGCUUUAUUUAUAUGCCGAUAUCCCCGAACAUUAUGUCUUUAAUAAACGAGGGGCUACUUCCUUUGAAGAUCUUAGAACUGUAGAAGAUGUAAUCUAUCCAACCUUCAAAGAAGCAGCCCAAAAAAGUGGCAUAUUUAGUGAUGAUGCUACUUGGGACUUUGCAUUAACCGAUGCAGCAAUUUGGAAAAUGCCUCGGCAAAUGAGAGACUUAUUUGCGUAUAUCUGCGUGUUUGCAGUUCCUCCUAACGCUUUGGAACUUUUCGAAAAAUACAAAGCUGAUUUGUAUGAAGAUUUUGCAAGAGAUGCAAGGCACAGUCAUACAGAUAAUUGCCAGCAUUGUACAAAUCUUGCUUUAGUAGAAAUUCAAGCAAUUCUUAUCUUGAGCUACAAGAAAUGCGAAGACUUUGGCUUGCCGUCUCCACCAGCCAACAUGCGUGCGGCUGCGGACGAAUAUUUUGAUGUACUUGCAGAGAAACAAAAAGGUGACGCAUUAAUAUUCUUUAUGGAUGGAGUUGGUGGAAGUGGGAAAACCCACGUCUACAAGACCAUACUUUCCACAGUGCGUGGUGAAGGAAAUAUUGCAUUACCUAUGGCAUCAACCGGGAUUGCAGCCAAUUUGCUUGAUGGUGGACGAACUUACCAUUCGCAAUUUAAAUUCCGCAUUCCUAUAGAUGACACAACAACAUCACCAAUUCGAUCGAAAUCAGCAGAUGCUGAGCUAUUUAGACAAGCAAAAUUGCUCAUCUGGGAUGAAGCUACAAUGACCCCAAGUCUUGCAUUAGUAGCAGUGGAUAAAUUUCUUAAAGAAGUGAUGGAUAAUCAAAAGCCACUUGGUGGUAAAGUCCUACUACUAGGAGGAGAUUUUAGACAAACGUUACCUGUAGUUCCUCAUGCAAGUAGAUCUGCCAUUGUAGAAGCGAGUUUGAAAUUUAACAGCUUAUGGCGAAAAGUCAAAAUUCUACACUUACUUAGUAAUGUAAGGUCUGUAGACAAAAGCUAUAGUGAUUGGCUACUAAAAUUGGGGGAUGGGACAUUAGAUACUCCUCUUGGCCUUCCUAAAGAUACAAUUGAAAUCCCAGAACAACUUAUCUGUCGGGAGUCAAUAAUUUAUGAAAUAUACGGAGAACGUCUUACGGUUGCCAAUGUUGCCAACUUUUCAAAAAUGGCAAUUUUAUGUCCAAAAAACAUGGACGUUGACAAAAUAAAUGAAGAAAUUUUAAAUAUUCUAGAAGGAAAUUCGGUAACUUAUUGCAGUACGGAUUCCGUCGAUGAUGAAAGUGCAGAGGAUAGACAACAUUAUCCUGUUGAAUUCUUAAAUGGUUUAACGCCAUCUGGAAUGCCUGUCCACAAGUUAAAUCUUAAAAAGGGCAGCAAUAUUAUGCUCCUUAGAAACUUAAAUACGAAGCGAGGACUAUGUAAUGGCACCCGUCUAAUUGUUGAAGACUUGAAGCCGAAUUUAAUAAUUGCAAAAGUGCUUACAGGGUCUGCACAGCAACAAAUUGUGUUCAUUCCAAGAAUCGAUUUGUCCACUACAAAUCAAGACUUUCCAUUCGUUUUACGAAGAAGGCAGUUCCCAAUUAAAUUGGCAUUUGCAAUGACAAUUAAUAAGUCCCAAGGGCAAACUUUAGACAAGGUCGGAGUAUAUCUCCCUGAACCAUGUUUUAGCCAUGGUCAAUUAUAUGUUGCCUUAUCAAGAGUGCGACGCUUUGCAGAUGCAAAAAUUAAGAUAAUAGACGGCCCAGAACAGGGAAAAUUAAUUGAGGGCUCAGAUAGAGUUUUUACCAAAAAUGUGGUCUAUGAAGAAAUAUUUGCAAGGCAAUUAGACCCGGACUGUCAAUAA